UAGAGCUUUGGAACCUGCCGGGUUGUGGGAGGUGAUGCUGGCCGUGGCGACAGCAAAGGAGGAGGAUCGCGGAGCGCUGGACUUGGAAGACACCACAAAGCAGGGAGACCGGCGGAGCAUCAUGGAGGGCAUCGGGGAGCAGCCAAGCACGCAGCCCACGCAGCCCGGGGACCACCAAAUCCGCGACGGCGACUUCGUGGUGCUGAAACGGGAAGAUGUGUUAAAAGCGGUGCAGAUCCAGCGGAGAAAAAAAGUAACUUUUGAAAAACAGUGGUUCUAUCUGGAUAACGUCAUCGGCCAUAGUUACGGAACCACAUUUGAAGUGACCAGUGGAGGGAGUCUUCAGCCCAAGAAGAAGAAGGAAGAGCCUACCUCAGAGACUAAAGAAGCGGGUACUGAUAAUCGAAAUAUAAUUGAUGAUGGAAAAUCUCAGAAACUUACCCAAGAUGACAUAAAAGCUCUGAAGGACAAGGGCAUCAAAGGAGAGGAAAUAGUUCAGCAGUUAAUUGAAAAUAGUACAACAUUCCGAGACAAGACAGAAUUUGCUCAAGAUAAAUAUAUAAAAAAGAAGAAAAAGAAAUAUGAAGCAGUCAUUACUGUUGUGAAGCCAUCCACCCGCAUUCUUUCAAUUAUGUAUUAUGCAAGAGAACCUGGAAAAAUUAACCACAUGCGAUAUGAUACACUAGCCCAGAUGUUGACGUUGGGAAAUAUCCGUGCUGGCAAUAAAAUGAUUGUAAUGGAAACAUGUGCGGGUUUGGUGCUUGGUGCAAUGAUGGAAAGAAUGGGAGGUUUUGGCUCCAUUAUUCAGCUGUACCCUGGAGGUGGACCCAUUCGGGCAGCAACAGCAUGUUUUGGGUUUCCCGAAUCUUUCCUCAGUGGUCUUUAUGAAUUCCCCCUCAACAAAGUGGACAGUCUUCUAAAUGGAACGUUUUCGUCUGAGACAUUGUCUUCAGAGCCAAAAGACAGUGCUUCAGUAGAGGAAAGUAAUGGCGCCCUUGAGGAAAAACCAAGUUGGGAACAGGAGAGUGAGGACAGCUUGGCAGAAGUCCUGGAAAGCAAUCACCCAGAAAAACAAGCAACAGUCGAAAUGGUUCCUGAAGAUGCAGAAUACAAGGGACAUAAAAACAGAGGAAGCAGAAAAGAUUAUAUUCAGGAAAAGCAGAGGAGACAAGAAGAGCAGAGAAAAAGACAGUUAGAAGCUGCUGCUCUGCUGAGCCAAAGGAACGCAGAUGGUUUAAUUGUAGCUAGUCGUUUCCAUCCUACCCCGCUGCUACUGUCUUUGCUGGACUUUGUGGCUCCUUCACGGCCGUUCGUAGUCUACUGUCAGUAUAAAGAGCCUCUGUUGGAGUGCUACACAAAACUGCGGGAAAGGGGAGGGGUCAUCAACCUCAGGCUGUCCGAAACCUGGCUCAGAAAUUACCAGGUUUUGCCAGAUCGAAGUCACCCUAAACUCCUGAUGAGCGGAGGUGGGGGGUACCUUCUCUCAGGCUUCACCGUUGUCAUGGACAACCUUAAAGCUGACACUAACCUCAAAUCCAGUGUGUGCACUUUAGAAUUACAGAAGACUGAGGAGCCAGUGGCUAAAAAACAGAAACUCCUGGAGUCUGAUUCUUAACCUUUAAAUAAUUGCUUUGAUUUUUGUUCUCAGGCAAUAUACAGUUAGUAAUUAAACUUUAAAUGCCAUUACUAAUUGUUUUUUUCAUACUCUAAGAACGUGUCCAUACACUGUUCGUAGGAAGGAGGAGAAAGCCUUUUGUCCACCUCUGACCCAGAUGAUUUGGUCUGUUGCAGCCUUGAGCCAGAAUGUCCAGCCCUGGUCUGUGCGUGGACUGGUACCUGGCCAAUUCCGUUCAUUUAGCAAAGACCCUCAAGUAUUCUGUGCAAAUAUCACUGAGACUUUAGAUAUCCUAAAAACGUAUUUAUACAAGACUUUGUCUGUAUUUUAAAUUAAGUGGAAUAAUACAAUAUAGCUAAAACUUGGUGGGUACCAAAAGGAAAGAAUUUAUGGAAGAAAUGUCUUCUGUUUGUUCUGUACUCUUCAGCCUAAGCAAUAUGGAUGUGUGAGAUUGUGAGAUUUACUGUACCAAAAAUAUCGACCCUAUUCCCCACAGUGGAAUGUGCUUUUUUAAAAUGCCAGGUUUUAUUAUUUUAAUAGCUAACCACCUGGAAAAGUUUUGAGUAUUUAUUUUACUGCCUUUUGUGUGUGUGUGUGUGUGUGUGUGCGCGCGCGCGCGCGCGUGUAGAGGGUAUAGUAGGGUACUUUUUUUGCAUUAGUUUGCCAAUACUCCUGUUCCAAAUAAAAUGACUAGAAUUUUUGUGUAUUAUCCAAUUAAAGGAAACUUCCUCAUGUGGGUAGAUACCUAUGCGUGUGUAUAUAUACACACAUAUAUAUAUGGAGACAGACAUAGUUCAUAUUUAUAUGAACCAUAGCAGUUUUGUGCAGGGCUUACACCAGUUCUUAUUGCAUUAGUGUCACUCCUUGUCAAAUGUGUUUUAAAGUGCCUUUUCUGGUGAUUAUUAAUGCUGAUCUGUUGAGCUCUGGCAUGAUUAGGUGAUUAGCCUUCUAAGCUCUGAAAAAGUAUAGGAAAAUUCUUUGAUCAUCUGCUGCAGCAAAGAAAAGUGUUUAGAGUAAGCCAAGGCUCAAAUUUCAGAGUCCGAGCCCCUUGCUCACUAGAACAGGCGCACAUGUAUCGUGCACGUUGUCAAAGAAUAGAUGCAGCUCAUCCUGUGAGGAGCAUCUUAGAAGAAAAAGAAAUCUGUUUUUCCUAAUAGCAUGUACUUUUCUGAUAAUGGCCAGUGUGUUUACCAACAAGUACAGUUUUGAUUCUUUUUUCUUAAAAAAGUUGCUUUUAAAGAAUAAAAGUGUUUCCUACUCUGA